UACCCUGUCAUCAUGAACCCCCGUCUCUGUGGCUGGCUGAUUCUGGGGUCCAUCUGCAUCAGCCUGCUGGACUCCCAGAUGUAUUGCUUGAUGAUGUCACAGCUCAGCUUUUGCAGUCAGGUGGAAAUCCCUCACUUCUUCUGUGAGCCCCCUCAACUGCUCAGGCUGGCCUGUGGGGACAUCUUCAUUGAUAACCUCAUCAUAUAUUUUAUUGUUGCUAUUGUGGGUGGUAUUCCAGUCUCGGGGAUUUUUUAUUCUUACACGAAAAUCGUCUCCUCUGUUUUGAGAAUCUCAUCCAAAGGCGGGAGGUCUAAAGCCUUCUCCACCUGUGGCUCUCACCUGUCCGUGGUUUGUCUGUUUUAUGGGACAGCCAUGGGGGUGUUCCUCAGCUCAGUCAUCUCUCAGUCACCCCCGAAGGGGGCAGUGCCCUCAGUGAUGUACACUAUGGUUGUUCCUAUGCUCAACCCCUUCAGCUACAGCCUGAGAAACCAGGACAUCAGGACAGCUUUCCAGAAGCUUCUGAGUAGGACAGUUUAG